AUUGAGUGUCAGUGUGUGUGGGUGUGUCAGUGUGUGCAUGAUUGAGCGUGUGUGUGUGUGUGUGAGUGGGUAUGUGAUUGAGUGUGUGUGGGUCUGUGAGUUGGUGUGUGAUUAAGUGCGUGAGUGUGUGUCUGUGAUUGAGUGUGUAGGACGGUGUCUCGCUCAUGCCAGUUCCCAGUUACUCCCAGGGCCAGGGCGGAAGAUUUGUAGCCGGAAGUUUUGUUUGCAGUAUUUCAGGCCCGGCCACAGCAGCUGUGACUGAUCCCUUGCUCAGCCCAGAAUGAGGAAACGGAAGCAAUGGCAGGUCCGCAAAGCCAAGCGGAGGAGGUGGAUGAGGAUCUACAUUGCUGGAUGCAGUCUUCAACUUCACAGGGCAGCAGCGUUGAUGAGAAGCUGGAAAGGUUUCAAUGGCCCACCAGACAAAAAACUGAAACCAGUCACCGUGACCAGAUGUCAGCUUCACAUGCCCUCGCAUGUGAGAUGACAGAGGAGAACUCCGCUCCAGCAGGGGAGAAGCAGCCAGACACUGCCAAUCAUCAUUAUCAUUAUCAGUCUCAGCCUGUCCCCCAGUUUCUGAAGCUGGAUAGUAACAGUGAACAGUAUUGCCUCUCACUGACGGAAGCUGAGAGGGAGCCAAAGGAGGCUUUGGAAUCCGAAUUUAAGGACUUUGCAUUGAUGAAUGAGUUUGAUUGUUCUUCACGAUUCGGAAAAGGCACAUCUUCAGACACCAGCUUGUUUUUGGCAGCGGUGGCCGACAAUUGGGGAAAUUCGGAUAAGUGCAGCAGACCUGAGAGCAGAGAUCAGGUGAAACCAGCCUCUGUUCCAGCUUCAAGCAGCAUGGCCUCCCCACUCAUUCUGGACCACGCUCGUGAAACCGAGAAGGCUUUCCUCAAUGGCUGUCCAUGUGUAACCAGCAAUCCUGCCAGUGUUUCACUGUCAGAGUGUCAGGCCCAUUUCGAGUUGCCCAGUAAAGAUACAGGGUAUGAAUCUCACAGUCAACUGGAUCCUCCUGGGCCCCUCCUCUCAGGGCUGAAUGACCUGGAGCCUCCUCUCCCUCUGCAAUCCAGGGAAUUUUCUGUGGGGGAAUCCCACAUGUACCCUGUGUUUUUAUAUCCCAGGACCCCAGCCAAUAUUCCUCGAUACUCUCCAGGUAUUCCUCAAUACAGAUACCAGCAACUGCAAAGCCCUUAUGGUGUGAGUGUCCCUCCUCAAGCCUGCAACUGUAAACAGUGCUACAAUAAGGCAUAUCAACAUGGUCCCUUUCCUGUACCCAUGAGAUAUAACCAAGAUGCCCCUGUGAGUGAGGUGUCACCCAUUCAAUCAUAUGGAUGCAGACUGAUUAACUCUACUCCCAUGUACUUGGCAAGAUAUCCUUAUAGUGGAGGAGCACAAGGCAACUUCAUCCAAGUGCCAUCACAAGGACCAGUAUAUGGGAAUCCCAGUUGUGUAAAUGCCAGAGAUUUGUGUUGUGAGGCAGCUGGACAUAUGGCUGCUGUUGUCCCUCAGCAUGAUGGGCUACCUCUACAUGAGAGAGAUCACAUUGCCUGUGCUUAUCCUAUCCCCUACAACAACACAAGAGACAUUUCCACCAGCAGCACUGAUGGACAGGGCACUGUGCGAACUGUGAACCUGCCAGAUGCAUUAAGAAAGGUAUUCGUUACUUACUCUGUGGACACAGCUAAUGAAAUUCGUAUCUUUGUGAACUUCCUGCGUGUUAACGGUUUUGAAACAGCAAUUGACAUUUUUCAAGACUCUGUUCGUGGUAUAGACAUCAUCAAGUGGAUGGAAGGCUACCUGACUAACAGGGAAGUGAUGAUUGUAAUCGCAAUUAGCCCAAAGUACAAGCGAGACAUUGAGGGAACUAAUUCAGAGCAACUGAAAGAUGAGCACAGUCUGCACACAAAGUACAUCCACAGAAUGAUGCAGAUUGAGUUCAUACAACAAUCAAGCAUGAACUUUAGGUUUAUACCAAUACUCUUUGCAAAUGCUACCAAGGCUCAUGUACCCAACUGGCUGCAGAACACACACAUUUACAAUUGGCCAAGGGAUCAGAAGCGCAUCCUCCUCCGAUUGCUGAGGGAAGAGGAAUAUAUUGCUCCACCAGUUGGACCAUUGCCCACCAUUCAUACUGUCCCACUUUAAGCCUCUGACCUUGUUUCUCUGCAAUUAACUUACAAUGGCUGUUCUUGCUUCCGUGCAAACACUUUGAUGAAAGGGGCCGAAUUGUAUGGAGUUAUUGUGGUAUAUCUGAGACAUGCCAAGCUGGCUUAGCGCUGCAGACAAUGAUUUCUCUCUUGGUGCAUAAUGGGGCAGCUUCGGAUGUGAAUUGGCUGUUUAAUCUACUGACGAGGUACUCUGCAACAAGGUACCAGACAAGACCAGCAGGUAUAUAAAAAAAAAUCUUCUGUGCUCAAGGUAAUAUAAUUUCAGCAACAUUUAUCCAUUUGAUAUAUAUUCAGAUAAUACUACAUUUAAAUCCAAUACAAACCAUUUCAAUUUUGCACAAAGGGAGGUGGUGUGUUAAAGGGGAAGUUGUGCAAUAUGUCACUGUGUAAAAUUUAGUUAAUAGGAAAUAUAUGUCCAUAUUGUACUGUUUGGAGAAAUUGAUAAUAAAAGUGGGACAAAAUAUAUGGGUUUUUAUCAGUAAAGAAAUGUCUCCCAAGUGAUUUUUUUAAUUUAAAAAUGAAGUGUUUUAUUUAAAAAUGAAGUGUUUCUUGGGUUUUCUCUGAAGAAAUGAUGAGAUUUGGAGCAAUUCACUUACCAUUGUUGAUGUUAGAUUCACCGCAGCAGGAGGAACCCCAGCCUAUCUGUUAUUUUUCAGAUUGGCUGCAAGCACCAGGAGGAUCCUCACUCUCCCCAUCCCGAGAGAAAGCUAACACUCAUGCAAACCAUGCCCUGAUCUGUCCAGCCAUAUCAAUAAGUUUCUAAUUCAUGGCAACAUCAGUGUUGUUUUCCGCAGUAGAGUGCAAUUGGCUGAUUUUAUUUCUUUCAUCCAAUUUCCUGAGUCAGGAAGCCUUCAUCUGUAGAGCUUGUCAAAGCGGGACUUGGAGGGGAGAUUAGAGCCUUAUAGUAUUACUGCUGGACUGUUAAUCGUAAGACCCAAGUAACAUCCCAGGCAUAAUGGGAACUGCAGAUG